AUGAAAGGUGAUGGCAGACUAGAAGUUAGGACAUUCCAGCAGAAGCACAAGUGUGGGUUUUCAUAUCAUAACAAGAGUGUGAAAUUUGGAUGGAUUGGCAGAAAAUAUGUUAACACAUUUAGGGAGAAUCCCAAGCUGGAUAAUGCUAGCUUCAAAAACCUGGUAAUGAAAGAGAACAAGUGCUAUUUGAGUAGACAUCAAGACUAUAGAGCUAGAAAAAUUGGCAGGGAGUUGGCCCAAGGUAGUGAUGUGGACCAGUACAAUAAGUUGCCCAAGUAUAUCAAUGAAAUCUUGAGAAGUAACCCAGGUAGUACUGUAGUAAUGAAGGUGGCAGAAGACUACUGUGAUUCAGUCACCAAACAAGGGAAAUUUCAAAGAUUGUACAUGUGCUUUGCUGGGGUGAAAAAAAGAUUUUUAGAUACUUGCAGGCCUGUGUUUGGGUUAGAUGAAACUUUUCUCAAAGAUGCGGCUGGUGGAGUAUUACUGACAGCAGUUGGAGUUGAUCCAAAUAAUGGUUUGUAUCCAAUUGCUUAUGUAGCAACUGAGGGAGAAACUAAGGAUUCCUGGAUUUGGUUUCUUACUUUACUUAAGAAGGAUCUAAAAAUUGAAAAUGACUAUGAAUGGACCAUAAUAAGUGACAAGCAGAAGGGCAUAAUUCAGGCAUGUGAUUCAGUUUUUCCAGGGGCUGGUCAUAGAUUUUGUAUGAAGCAUAUGCAUAGCAAUAUGGUAGCUGCUGGAUUCAAAGGGACAGCCAUGAGGCAAGCCUUAUGGAAAGCAGUUAAGGCAACUACUCAUGCACAAUUCAUAAGAAGAAUGGAAGCCAUAGAAGAACUGGAUGUUGAUGCAAUUAAGUGGUUAGAGGACAAGAAUCCAGCAGAGUGGAGAAGGGUCCAUUGUUGUCAUGAUGGAGGCAUUGCGCAUGUUGUCAUGCAAAGAAUGCAAGAAAAUGGAGAUAUAGCUAGGGAAAAGUGGAGCAAAUUUGGUUUCUGUCCAAAAAUUAGAAAAAUGAUGAAGGUCAAUAUUGACAAGGCAACUUACUAUGUGCCUUACAAAUCAAAUGAUGUCAGUUUUGAAGUUGCUGAUCCUUAUGCUGAAAAGUGGGCAGUCAACAUUAAGGAUAGGACUUGCUCAUGUAGGAAAUGGGAUUUGACAGGGAUACCAUGUGCUCAUGCAAUUUCAGCUUUGUGA